AUGCAACAGCAACGUCGAAUGUUCACAGCUGCCCUCCUGGCACUUGUUUUCAUUCUGGCAGCUGUGAGUACCACUGAGGCUGGCAAAAAAGAGAAACCAGAGAAAAAGGCGAAGAAGUCUGACUGUGGGGAAUGGCAGUGGAGCGUCUGCGUGCCCACCAGUGGGGACUGCGGCCUGGGGACGCGCGAGGGCACUCGCACUGGAGCCGAGUGCAAGCAGACCACCAAGACUCAGAAGUGCAAGAUUCCCUGCAACUGGAAGAAGCAAUUUGGAGCGGAAUGCAAAUACCAGUUCCAGGCCUGGGGAGAAUGUGACUUGAAUACUGCCUUGAAGACUCGAACCGGGAACUUAAAGAGAGCCCUUCAUAAUGCUGACUGCCAGAAGACUGUCACGAUCUCAAAGCCCUGUGGGAAGCUUACCAAACCCAAACCUCAAGAAUCCAAGAAGAAGAAAAAGGAAGGCAAGAAACAAGAGAAGAUGCUGGAUUAAUGGAGCCAACUUGGGCAAUGUGAGAAAGGGACAUCAGCAAACACGAUCAGUUAACAGUUUCAUUUAUACCUAGGCAUUUUAUCCUAAAAUUAUUUAUAGCUUAAUGGUACCAUAGAAAGAAACAAACAAAUACA